ACUUCCUCCUCCUCCCUCCUGCAGCCGGUUCCAGCCAAGGCUGGGAGGGAAAGGGCUCCCUUUACGCUCGACAGCGGGUGCCGCGAUUGGGCGACGGUCCCUGAGCCUCCAGCUCCGUGUCGGUUUCAAGGCUCCUCCCUCUCCGUGAAAGACAGACUGCGGGGCGCCUGGAAACCGGUUGGAGGGCGCGCGAGGGAGAGGAGAGGCAGCGAGUUGAGGGAUUGACACAAAUGGUCAGGCGGCGGCCGAGGAGGAGGAGGCGGAGGCGCAGGGGGGACCCGAGGCGGCGGCGAGGCUGCCAAGAGUUGCCCGCUCCUCUCCCAGGCUGCGGCCACUAGCGCGGUGCCGCGGGCCGAGAGCCACCAGCCCGCCGCGGUCCGGGAAGCAGGGACGCGAUCCCGGAUCGCCGGGACCACUCGCGUUCUCCCUGCCGCCCGCGCUUCAUGAACCGCAAGUUUCUGCGGCGGCGGCGGCGGCUGCGGGACUCCGAGCAGGAUCUGGGCGAGCGGGUGGAGCGCGACCGCAGCCCGACGGAGGGCACAAGCAGGGACCAGCUCUCCCCGAAGACAGUAGGAGCCGCCACCCGCCGCGCUGCUGCCUGCCCCAGCCGACCGGCGCCGAGGAGGGAGCCGAAAAAGUAUGGCUGAGGAGGCGGCGCCUAGCGAGUCCCCGGCCUCGAGCCGGCCGAGCUGGGAACUUUGUGCCGGGGCUCUCCCGGACCAGCGGGAGGCGGUGGGGCUCGGGGACGCGACCGGCCAUCACCGUCCUCGGGCUGACCCCCGGCGCUGGGCGAGCGGGCUGCUGCUGCUGCUUUGGCUGCUGGAGGCUCCGCUGAUGUUGGGGGUCCGAGCGCAGGCGGCGGGCCAGGUACCCGGGCCGGGCCAGCAAGCCCCGCCGCCGCCCCAGCAGCAGCAGGGCGGGCAGCAGUACAACGGCGAACGGGGCAUCUCCAUCCCGGACCACGGCUAUUGCCAACCCAUAUCCAUUCCGCUGUGCACGGACAUCGCCUACAACCAGACCAUCAUGCCCAACCUGCUGGGCCACACGAACCAGGAGGACGCGGGCCUGGAGGUACAUCAGUUCUACCCGCUGGUGAAGGUGCAGUGCUCCGCCGAGCUCAAAUUCUUCCUGUGCUCCAUGUAUGCGCCGGUGUGCACGGUGCUGGAGCAGGCGCUGCCGCCCUGCCGCUCCCUCUGCGAGCGCGCGCGCCAGGGCUGCGAAGCGCUCAUGAAUAAGUUCGGCUUCCAGUGGCCAGACACGCUCAAGUGUGAGAAGUUCCCGGUGCACGGCGCAGGAGAGUUGUGCGUGGGCCAGAACACGUCCGACAAAGGUACCCCGACUCCCUCCUUGCUGCCGGAGUUCUGGACCAGCAAUCCGCAACACGGCGGCGGUGGUUACCGAGGUGGCUACCCGGGGGGCGCCGGCACGGUGGAGCGGGGCAAGUUCUCCUGCCCGCGCGCCCUCAGGGUACCCUCCUACCUCAACUAUCACUUUCUGGGGGAGAAGGACUGCGGCGCACCCUGCGAACCCACCAAGGUCUAUGGGCUCAUGUACUUCGGGCCGGAAGAGCUGCGCUUCUCGCGCACCUGGAUUGGCAUCUGGUCGGUGCUGUGCUGCGCCUCCACGCUCUUCACGGUGCUCACGUACCUAGUGGACAUGCGGCGCUUCAGCUACCCGGAACGGCCCAUCAUUUUCUUGUCCGGCUGUUACACAGCGGUGGCCGUGGCCUACAUCGCUGGUUUUCUGCUGGAGGACCGGGUGGUGUGUAACGACAAGUUUGCCGAGGACGGGGCGCGCACGGUCGCACAGGGCACUAAGAAGGAGGGCUGCACUAUCCUCUUUAUGAUGCUAUACUUCUUCAGCAUGGCCAGCUCCAUCUGGUGGGUGAUCCUGUCCCUCACCUGGUUCCUGGCAGCCGGCAUGAAGUGGGGCCACGAAGCCAUCGAGGCCAACUCGCAGUAUUUUCACCUAGCCGCCUGGGCUGUACCAGCCAUCAAAACUAUAACCAUCCUGGCGUUGGGCCAGGUGGACGGCGAUGUACUGAGCGGAGUGUGUUUUGUAGGACUUAACAACGUGGACGCGCUGCGUGGCUUUGUGCUGGCGCCGCUCUUCGUGUACCUGUUUAUCGGCACAUCUUUUCUCCUGGCCGGUUUCGUGUCACUCUUCCGCAUCCGCACCAUCAUGAAGCAUGACGGCACCAAGACCGAGAAGCUGGAGAAGCUCAUGGUGCGCAUCGGCGUCUUCAGCGUGCUCUACACGGUGCCGGCCACCAUCGUCAUUGCCUGCUACUUCUACGAGCAGGCCUUCCGGGACCAGUGGGAGCGCAGCUGGGUGGCCCAGAGCUGUAAGAGUUAUGCCAUCCCCUGCCCUCACCUCCAGGGGGGUGGAGGCGUCCCACCACAUCCGCCCAUGAGCCCCGACUUUACAGUCUUCAUGAUUAAGUAUCUCAUGACGCUGAUCGUGGGCAUCACAUCUGGCUUCUGGAUCUGGUCCGGCAAGACACUGAACUCUUGGAGGAAGUUCUACACGAGGCUGACCAACAGCAAACAGGGGGAGACUACCGUCUGAGACCUGAACUAUGCCUUCUUCCCCAGGUCUUGGUCGGAUCCUGCCCUCUCCUGAAAGCUGGCCCCAAGGAAUUCCCGGCAAGCCUGGCCACUCCAGGCUUCCUCGCAAGACACUCAACUUUUACAGGCUCCUUGCAACAAACAGAGCUCCUGCAAAAACUUCCAUCCCUGGGGUAAAGGAGAGAGGGCCCAACUGCCAGAGAGGGGUGUGUGUGUGUGGACCGAUCUCUCGAGUCCUAGCUCUGAUUCUGGGACUGUAUGCUUUUAUGAUUGUAAAUAGCCUGUGUAAGAUUUUUGUAAGUAUAUUUGUAUUUAAAGACUACCGAACACGCAAUUUUCUUUUCUUUAUAAAAAUGUUUAAUUAUUUAGGGACGUUUAAGCAUUUGAAGCUUUUCUCACUUGCCUUUUUCUGAAGACUGCAGAGGAGGUACAAUGGAGCACGCUUGCUGAGUGCCCUACCCUUGUGCCCAUCACAGUUGUGGGAGCGCGGGCCUGGCUCUCUAUGGCACUGAGGGCUGGGACAGGGGUGCCUCUCGAGGGUCAUUUUCCAUCGCUGCUUCCUUCAGCUUCUCUUUCCCCUCCUUGCUUGCGUGGGAACUCAAGGUGCAGAACUUCACAAAGUUUCCCCAUCCGGAGGUGGGUCCCGCCCAUUCUAGUUCCUCCCCCUUUUAGAGGCACAGUGUGGUGCCUUAGCCUUGCCCCUCUGACUUCCCAUGCUGAUUUUUGAGAACCACCUUUCAGUUUCAUAGAGGCCCACCCGGUGUUCACUGCCUGUUGACUCAGCCUCCCUCUUCCCUGGUGUCCCUCGCCUGGAUAUUCCCUCCUACCACCUAAACUGGUCAGAGAGUAAGUGUGGUAACUAAUGCCUAACUUUGGAAAGUCUGACUUUUUAUGGGUGGGCUCAUUUUUCCUCUUUAGUGUAAGAACCUGCUAUGGGUUUGGCCAUCAUUAUGGAAAGACGUGGCUAGUGAUUGUGGAAGAGCAGCAAGCUUUGUGUGGGUUGGAAGAAACUGAAGAGAGAGAUUAGAAAAUGUUAGUUCUAAUUGCAUUUUGAUGGUUGAUAACCUACUCCCGCCCCUCCCCCAUCCAAUCCCGUGAGGCUGCCUGCUUUUAGAUUUUACCCUUCUAUGAAAUGGAGACUUUGAGGUUGCCUGGAAAGCCUGGUGAGGAGUUGAUCUUUGUCUUCCUUAACAGGAUAGCAGAGCAUACACAGAUUAUGAAAAUUUAGGGAGAUCUCAGUGGAGUGGACUUCCUCAAAAUGAAAUGCUGUUUUCUGGUUUUAAUCAAAUUGUAAUUAGACUUGUAUCAACUGUACAACCGAGAAGUUGUACAGAAUCAACAUAUUACGAUUCCUCAGCCACUCAUUCUGAGGGAGGAGCCAUCCACAGCCCCAGGAAUAGCCUGACUUAUGUCCGAAGACAGAGGAGGUGGACGAGAGAAGCAAACACAACGUGGGCAUGCAUGCUGAAUCGGAAGUGUGUCCAUUCCUACUGCAUCCUAGCCCUCUGUGUGCUCCUGUGUGCAUUUACAGCAGUAUGUCGAGUGUAAAUCUCUCAAAGCCAUUUAGAGCAUUCACUUUAGUUCUCUCUGAAGAGGAGAAAAGCAAUCCUUCUGAAUGUAGUGUUUAAACUUUAAGAGUUUAUCAAAAACGCCGGCACAUGGGACCUAAAUUUAUCUGUCUGUUGUUCCCUAAACUGACAUUGGUUUUUGAAUUUGGUAUGCAUUUAUUCUGUCCAUUUAUCAUAAAACCAUUUAUAUUUAUAGAGGAAUAGAAGUUUAUAUAUAUAAAAUACCAUAUUUUUAAUUUCGCAAAUAAAAAAAUGAAAGUUUUGUAUGAAAUCACAUUGUUUUGUGCCUCAUAACAACAGACCAUUCUGAAGCAUCUUCUCAGUUUAUAAUUCAGCCUCGUAUCCAGCCCCACAAUGUCACAACCUCAAGAAUCUGAGAGAAAGUUUAAUACAGAGAAUGCCCAGCCUGCCUGCCUUCCGAGUGGCAUCCAUGAAGUCUCAUGCGAAGGCUGCUGUCUUGGCCGCAGAGAGUGGAAGGCUUCAAUGUUGUUUGGAAUAAUAAUAAUAAUAAUAUCAAACGAUACUAUUAUUAAAAGGUAACUCUCACUUUUAA